GCCACCAUCAAAGGGAGGCAUUUCUCUAUUAUUGUCCCAUUCUUACCUAUCACUUCUAGCGUCAAAGACUCAGCUUGGUUAUGUAUGGUUGAGGAAGAGAAUAGUAUGACCACAGGCACUAUUGAAUCGGCUAACUGGAUCAAGCCUCAACUCCGCAGAUCGCCACAGCAAUGA